AUGGCAAAGGAAUUCCCGAUGCCACAUGCCGACAUUCUGCUGCACACCGGAGACAUCUCUGACCAUGGAGACGAUGCAGAGAUCGCAGAUUUCAACGAAUGGCUAGGUGAGAUCAAGCACCACUACAAGUACGGCGUGCUUAUGAUAUCAGGCAAUCACGAUUGGAUGUCUCAGCUGGGCCGCGUUCAAGCAUGGCAAACCGAGCCCGAGGUGCUGCUUUAUCCGAAGCACCUGCAGGACAAAGUGCCGAAUGCCCGAGUGCUACACCACGAGCUUGUGGAGGUUGCUGGAGUGAGGAUUUUCGGAUCAGAUUGGUGCCCAUGGUUCGGGUAUGCAGCUCCUGGAGACUGGUGGAAUAUGGAGUGGACGCAAGCGAGGCAGCGCGUGUUCGCUGCCUGGAAACAGCAGGCCUUGAGAAAUGGCAGCAGAGAUCCAGUGCCGACGCUUGCGGCCAAGCCUUUGAAUAAGGGGAUUUACAAUGCAUUCUGGCUCAAGCUGGUCAACAUGAUGAUUUUUCCUGGAGCCGUUAUGGUCGCCGUGUGGCGGUGCUUUGUGCUUCUGUUUGUCUUGCCGGAGUUCUGCACUGCGGUGCCCACAAGUGGCGCUGCAGCAGCGGUUUCAGCGAACUGCGGUACAACGCUGCUUGCUGUGCGCCGGAGCAUGACAAAAGCUUUGCCAGCCGCACGGACUAAGGUAUGGGAAGCGGUAAGCAGCACACCUGGCAGCCACGCUUGCCGUGGCGACUCUCGUACAGACAACAGCAAGAGUUAUUACGAGGUAACUGCUGGCGUCGGCAGCCUGGAAGCCUGCCAAAGCCUCUGCGAGGAACGGGCUUCUGACUGCAAAGGCAUCGAGUACAACCCAAGUGGACGCUGCGAAGUGUGGAUGCGAAGCGAAGGCAUAGCCACUACUUCCACACCACCUGCAGCGUGGGGCGAGUUUCAGUGCCUCCGUUUCGGCUGGCCGGUCAGCAUGUUGUCUCUAGUGGAAGGUGGCGAGGACCGUGCAUGCCGUGGUGAGUCUGUUACAGACAACUCCGCAGAUUACUAUGUUCUGCACGAUGUGAAGCACUUGGCCGGCUGCAAGGCUCUUUGUGCAGCUGCUCCCGUUUGCUACGGACUGGAGUACGGUGGAGGACGCCGCUGUGAAGUAUGGACACGCCCCAUCAUGGCGACUGCUGUGGUCUCUCGCUCCCUUUGCUUGCGCUUUGAGGCGCCGGCAAACGAGCCCACGGUGAUGGCAAGCUACCACCCGCUCUCCGGGGAGUGCGUUGAUGAUAACAUUGCUGGAGUGGCGGCGCUGGAGGAGUCUGGUGAGGUACUGACAUGCGGCAGCUUCCCUUCAGCGACUCCGCAUCAUGCAGUUGCUUGGCUAGACAGGCAAAGCGGCGCGCUUCGGCGCGCCGUUGCGUUGUCCACGGCACCAAGCGCAUGUCAAGUCCUUGAAAGUGGGCAUGUUUUGGUGGGUAGCAGUGUGGGUUUGCAGUGCUUCAGUGCAUCAGGCGUGAAAGUCUGGGAGUUAUCAGCUCUGCAGCAUGUGAAGGGGCUUUCACCCGCUCGUGGCGGCCGCGUGGCUGCUUUAACCGAGAACGGCACGGUAGCAGUCGUCAAGGAAAGCGGCUCUCUUUUGGCACAUCGCCGCUUUGGCUAUGAUGCCACUACCUCUGUGGAGCUCUUUAGCGAUGGCCGUGUGGUUCUCGGGGCCUUCACCAACAACUGGGCAAGCAACCCAGUGCAGAUUGCACGUGUGGAGAUCUACAGCAAAGACCUGCAGACACGCUUGACUCAGACUUGGGGACACUUCACUGCUGCAGAAUUGGAUGCUGCGCGCAACAUGGCAGAUACCCGGAUCUACAGCCUUGCUAUCUCAGAGGACGAAGCUUAUGUUUACGCUGCUGGAGAGUCGGCCGGUGGAAAUACCAUCUUCCGCUACAACGGACGUGAUCUUGUGACAAAGACCGCGCGCGACACAGGAACACCGAUGUGGAUGGCGAAGUCGGCUGCACACAUUGGCUACGUUGCACGCAUCCGAAGCAGUGAUGGCGAGGUGGAGAUCGGUACCUUCGUAGCUCCAAUUCUGCAGUCCAAGAAUCGCUUGAAUACCUUCCGCACCCGCGAUGGUGGUCUGGUACAUGAUGCUCGCAAUGCAGCUGUCUAUCUCACCGGCACCUCUGCCUGCUGCCUCGCAGACAGGGAGACUAUGACCUUUGCUGGGCAGAUUGUCGGCGGUUAUGCUGGCAGCGAUGCCAGCCUGGUCGUGUUUACUGAAGCUCUCGACAAGCGUCUUCUGUGGACAACAUUCGGUGCCGACCGCAACAAGGGCAAGCCAGCGACAUUAGCGCUCAGCGGAAGGCAACUAGCAAUUGGAGUCGUCAUGAAUGGUGGCACGGCUAUCACUACCGAGAUGUCUGCACUGAGGACGCCCCCGGAUUCGGAACCUUGUGGAACGAGCACAAAGCCAAACAAGGAUGCUUGGGUAGCGGUCGUGCCUGCAGCUCAGCUGCUGCCCGCAUCAUAA